AUGCUCUCGUUUGUCACCACUCACUACUCUGCGGGCGCGGCCUACUUCGAUGUUGUGUUUCGGGCAGUCGAUAGCACGUCACCCAACACGACGCCCCACGUUAGUCGGAAUGCUAGCGAAACGGAUGCCCUGUCCCUGGCGCAAGAUUUGCGUAGACUGACGAUCGCAGCCUCUGACAACCCGGUGGACCCAUUUACUAUGACGCCGGUCGAGGAACUCGAUCAGGAUGGUCUCAACAUCACCGAUGGAAAGACAACCAUUCGGGUGGACGUAGACGGACUGUUGGCCUUCGUGAAGAUCGAGGCCAAAAAAGGGACGGCGCUGUCACGGAUAGCUUUAAAGUCAUUCGACUCCGAAGGACAGCCAAUAAGUAUCGUGCUCUCCACCGAUGUUUGGGUGAAGUGUCUCUGUCGCGGGCACAAGCGUUCCAACGAAAUUGUGGCUCUGGUCAUCGAAAUGUGCACCGCUUUGAAAGAAUACGAGGCGGCCCUGCCAGCGCUUCACGCGAAUAAGCAGCUCUUUGCGAAGACUAAGAUCUAUCUAAACGAUCUCCUUACCUUUAGAAGCGAUCCCGACGCCCGUGAUCGAUUAGAAAGUGACCCUGCCGCCACUUAUUACCUGUCUUCCGCUUACUUUUCGACAUCCGAAGUAGAUUUCUUGCUCGCAUUUCCGACCAAUUCGGGGUUGUCGUUCCAACAAUGUGUUCAAGCGGCGAUGGCUGAGAAAGUGUCGGCGAGUUCUGAAGGACGAUCGAAAGAUUACCACGUCUGUACCUCCCACGAUUUGGCCCCGUUGGUUAGAGAUGUGUUCGGGAUUCGGAAAGGCUUUCAAGAAGAGAAAGCGUUUAAGGAGUCUCUGACAUCAUUCCGUAAGGAAUGGAAGAAACGAGCGAAGAGAUCGUCGGCGGCGUAA